AUGUCAUCCCAAAACCUGCACGCCUUGAACACCUCAUCUACACCAGCGAUGGCACCACACGAUCCGAUCCAAGUACCAAACACACCAGGAUCCUGCGCUCUACGUCUCGAAAACCUAGAGCAACAAACCUCCACCACGAAAGGCGAAUUGAUGGCAUCAAUCGCGGCCGACAUCUGCGCAACAUUCAUAAGCAUCGCAAAGUACUCUGAAGAAGGCACACUACAAGCGCAACACACAGGCGUGAUCGACAACGUGAUCCAGACUAUCCGCGACACGGACGUGAAGCAUCGGCACUUGCUUGAUCGACAGGUACACGGACUCCGCAAAGAGAGGAAGUGGAUCCGGAAGAGGUAUUCGCGAUUGGCUGGACAGGCGGAUAGGCUGGGUCGCACGUAUCAGACCAAGGUGCGGAAGUUGACUAUUUCGCUACGAGAGGCGCGGGGAGAGGUGGCACGUUUACAACGUGAGCGGGAUCUGCUGCGGGCUUGCUUGAAGAAGAAUGAGGCCCCGAAUGAGAAUGCUGAUGGGGAGUUUGAGGUUGAGGCGGGGGAGGAGAUCGAUGCAGAGAAUGAUAUUGCGGAGGGCGAAGAGGAAGCUGCGAUUAAGGUAGAUCUUUGA